CGAUUGAUCAGUUUUCUGCUGCAUUCAGCUUUCAGCCGGUUGGGUUAGUGAUUUUUCCAACGCUCCCGAGUGCGGUUCGGUGUAACGGAAGCGAGAGCCUUUUGUGGAGAGCCAGAGGAGAUUUUUCGUCCGAUGCGAGCGAAGACGAAGACGGAGACGAACAAACAAAUAAACAAUAAUCGCAAUAAUAAACGUAAUUCAAACAAUUAAUCAAAACGCGACGAUCAAUGAAACACACACACACAACGAAAAAAUGUUUAUUUAAUUGGUAUACGGCUAUAAAAAAAUACUUACAACAACAACAACAGAGGGAAAAAAGUGCCAGUGAAUGAGAUUGUACUUAAUUUUUACGUACAAAAUACUAGCUGUAAAUGUGUGUAUGGCUUGCCUGUGUGUGCGCGUGUAACAGUGCCAGUGAGUGUGCGUGCUGCAUGUGCGUGUGUUUGUGUGUGCGGCUUUAUCAAUUGCUCCACAUAAAAGUUUUCAUUGAAGUGUUUGACGACAACACACAACCAACCCCAAAUAGCCAGCCAGCCAGCCAGCCAGCCAGCGAGAGCGUACGCGAAGGAGGAGAAUCAGCUUAAAACGAGGCCACUUGUAGCCCGCCCCACGACAGAGCGAAAGAGACACACACACACACACCGCCUGGAAAGAGCAAAAGAGAGAGCAGCAGCAGCAGCAGCAGCGGCGGUGGUUUGACAAUAUGUUGAGCCCCCAUAAUGAAGGAAAUUGAUACGGAGACAACAGUAGUAUGGCCAGCCUGGUGUUAUUCCGGUAACGCACCCACCGACAUACUGCAGCAGAAGCCAGCCAAGGCCACAACAGCGAUUGUGGGUGGUCGCAGUGCAACGCAACCCACGGCGACCCACGACCACGACCGUCAUUUUGGCUCCUCCUCGUCGGCGGCGGCCACCUUGAGCGCCAGCUCCACCUCCAGCUCCAGCUCCAGCAAGCGGAAACAUCUGGAGCGUCUGGCCAGCGAUCUGCGGUCCCAGCUCCUCUCCGAACCGUUCUCCUCCGGCCCAGGCUCUGCAGCGAAGAUGCUCAGCGAACGAUCGCUGCUGCUGAGCGGCUACGGGGCGGCCAUCGAGAGCACCGCCAAGAAGCUGAGCGAAGCAGCCACCGCGGGGGGUGGCGGCAACUCCAACCAGGCCACCACGCCCAGCCACAGCACUGCCACGGCCACCUCCUCGGCCUCGUCCACGUCCUCCAGUCCGUCAGCGGCUGCGGCGGCCGCCUAUGCCGCCCUCUAUCUGGAGAAGGUCAAGAACGAGAAGAUGUCGCCCAUGUCGCAUCUGGAUGGCCACAAGGAGGGUCUCCACAUGGAUGCCACGCCCAUGGUGUCCAUUCACAAUAACAACAACAACAACACCAUCAACAACAACAACAGCAGCAUCAGCAUCAGUGGCAGUGGCAGUGGCAACAGCAUCGGCGGAAGCGGAAGCGGAAGCAGCACCCUUGGCAGCCAUCAAUCGAGUCAGCAGCAGCAGCACCUGAGCCACGGCGUGAAGAGAGAACGCCUCAGUCCCGGCAGCAACAGCAGCCACAAUGGCGACAUAUCCGUCGGAGCAUUUGCCAGAUCUCGCAGCGCCACGCCCUCCUCAUCAUCGUUUCGCGGUGGCGGUGGCAACGGUGGUGGUGUCUCACCCAGCCAGCAGCAGCAGCAGCAGCAACAACAGCAACAGCAACAAAGAUUGAGUCCGCCGAGUGCUCAGACCACGACACACAUGCCGCUCCACAAUUUGUCUACAAAUUUGCUGAAUACCAUACAACAGCACCAGCAGCAGCAGCAUCGGAACAACAACAGCAGCAGCAGCAUCGGUGGCAGUGGCAACAUCAACAGCAGCAGCAGCGGCAGCGGCACAAGCAACAGCAACAGCAACAAUGUGAACCAAGGAAGUGGUGCAGGAAGUGGCUCGGGCAGCAAUGCCGCAUCGAGUUGCAAUACAAAUGCCACGGAUUUCUCCACCCGCAACUAUUCGGACAUUAUGCGAUGUCUGGCGGCCAAGUACAAUAACACCAAUCCCAAUGACAACCAUGCAACAAGACGCAAUUCCUAUUACGACAGCAACAGCACGGGCACCUCGGGAGCAGCAGCAGCAGCAGGAGCAUCGGGAGUCGCCUCCAGUGGCACACAGCAAAGCAGCAGCAGUGGCAGCUCCACCGCAAAGUCGGGCAAUGCCAAUAGCAGUGGCAGCGGCAGUGGCAGUGGCAGCGGCAGCAGCAACACCAUCAACAGCCCCACCAAUGCCAGCAAUGCGAACGCGGCCAGCAAGAAGCUCUCGCCUUCGGCGGCUGCGUCGGCGGCUGCUGUCAGUCUGCCCAAGGAGACCAAAGUGAGUGUGUCCGCUGGAGGAGGAGGAGGAGGAGGAGGAGCAGGAGCGGGCACCUCUGGCUCGAGCGUGGGCUCGUCGGUGGCCAGUGUCGGGCCGUUGCCACCGCCAGCCGCAGCCCAGUCGCCCACGGAGCAGGCCAAGAGCCAAAUGGCCGCUGUGGUGGCGGCCGCCAGUGUUUCGCCGUUUAUGUCCAGCUUUUUGCCCUUCUCGUCGGGCAUUUUUCCGCCGCUGAUAGACAUGAGCAGCACCCAGGCUCUGAUGACGCUGGUGCGUGCUGUCAAAGAUGCCCAAAUCCAGGAAAUUCUGCGCUGCAAGCCACAGCAUCCGCAGCAUUCACAGCAUCCACGUUCCAGUUCCAAUGCCUCGUCGCCCAGUGCCAGUGCAGCGGGCACGCCACGUUCCACUCUGAAUGCCGCGCUCCAGCAGGCGGCUCAAUUUGUUACACCCGCUUUCAUCUACUCGGCCCAGCUGCAACAGCAACAGCAGCAGCAGCAGCAGCAACAGCAACAGCAGCAACAAUCGCAUCACGCUUCGCGGCAGUCUAGUCCACGUUCCACAACAGAGACUUCGACUUCGGUGGCGCCCGUCGGUGGUGGUGGUGGUGGUGGUGCUGGUGGCUCAUCGAUUGCGUCGGCGGCGCCAUUAGACUUGAGCUCCCAACCGCCAGCCGCGAAGCGCUUUAAGCCCGAGCCCGAGGGCCUGCUAGGGAAGACGCGUCGUGCCAGCUCAACGGCCACCACGGCCACGACAGCGACAACAGCCUCAUCCACACCAUCCCCGCCACUUCUGGACCAGUCCGAGGAGAUCAGUAAUGCCAACGCCAACGCAGGAACAGGCACAGGAGCCUCUGCUGCUGGCGGUGCCCCGCGUCAGUGUCAGGCGCAGAGCGAGGAGGUAAACUCCUGGUCCGUGGACGAUGUGUGCGGCUUUGUGGGUGGAAUUGAUAUAUGCGCCGAAUAUGUUCAGUCGUUCCGUGAUCAGUCCAUCGACGGCACCGGGCUGCCGCUCUUAACCGAGGAUCAUUUGGUUAACUCGCUGGGCAUGAAGCUGGGGCCGGCUCUCAAGUUGCGAUCGAUAUUGGCGAGGAAAUUGGGCGGGCCGUGUCCGUGUGUUGCAUGCGUUGCGCAGGCGCAACAAAUGUUGGCCUUGCAAACGACGGGAGGAACACCGCCAGCAGGGGCUGGCACCGCCACUGCCACUGCCACUGCCACUGCCAGUGCCCCAACUAGUUGCAGCAUCAUCAAAACGGAGAUCUUCAAUGGGAGCAGCAGCAGUAGCAGCAGCAACAGCAACAGCACCAGCAGUAGCCACAGCAAUGCCACAUGUUGCAUGAACGACGCCAGCUAGUUAUCAGCUGCCGUCCCUAUAAAUAUCUAUGCUAACUAAUUGCAUUUCAACUGCAAAAUCGUUGUACCAAAUGAGCUUUCAAGAAAACAAAAAAAAAAUGGCGAGGAAGAGUACGAGUAUAACUGUAUAAAUUAAAUGUGUAAUCUAAUUGCUAGUAGCUAGUAGUAGCUAAAGUUGUGAACUCUAAGUGACAGCAACUAAAACAACAACGAUCGCAAAGUCUUCCAUUUGCACACUGACACACACAAAUACACCCACACAGACAGCCACACACAGAAACAGAAACAGACAGAUCACAAACACAUACAUAAACACAUAUUUGUAUAGAGUUAAUCAAUUAAUUAGUCAAUUUAAUGAGAGAGAGAUAGAGUUUUCGUUUUACGUACUUAAGUGCAGAGCGGCCUGCCCUUUGCAUUGAAUUUUAUUUAUUUUCUAUGACUUUUAUUCGUUUUUAACUGCUAGUCAGUAAUGCAGAUACACAUACAUUUAAUACGUAGAAUUCCGCGAAAUGAGAAACUUAAAAACUUAAAGAAUUCAAUAUUAUAUUGUUGUUUUUAGCAAAACCGAAAGUAAAAGGCUAUUUAUUUUAUAUCUUAUAUUGCAAUACGGCAAAUCAAUUGUUACACCCCAACCACAAACCCCACCCACAAAAUUUUUUAUUUCCACAUAUAUUUUAUAUAUGUUUAUAUAUUUUCUGCGGCCAUGCACAGAGAGAAUUCAAAAUUCAACUUUAAGAACUGUACAUCAUUUUUUUAAGAGCUCCAAGACUUGAAGACACACACCCACACACACACACACAAAACACACAUACACACAUAUACACACAAAGACCCAGAAAGAAAGUAGGAAAAAACAAAAAACCCUAUAUUUUAUAGUUUCCUUUGUAAAUAUUGUUUAUUUAAUUAUUUAUAAGUUGAAUAGAGACAGACAUUUUCUAACACUUAGGCCGUAUGCAACGAACUUAAAAAAUACUUCUGCAAAAAUAGGAAAGAAUAAAUUUGAUUUAUUAUUUACAUUUAAUAGAAAUAUAGCUAUUUUUCACAAGCUAAAGCAAAUAAAUUAUACCAGUUAUCAUACAAAACGCA